AUGACGAGACGGGAUGAGCUAGAUGGUACGUCUGUGCAAAUGAAGUAUAAUCUUCUAGACAUAAUGUUCAGCAUGCAAACCGGACUAAAUCAGCUGAUCGCCUUAUCUGACGACGCGGAAAAAGUUAUGACAUUUCAUCGCACACUGUUGCUUUGGGUAUUGCCUAGAAAUGGUCUAACUCCUGUUUAGGAAAUAAAGGCAGAUAACAUGCGAACAGCUUUCAGCUUUGCGAAGAGCAUUGUUUGGAAGACAAUUGAGAGGGACUUCUAUCUAUAUGUCUAUAGUCAAUUAUCUUUUUGGCUAAGAAUGACAUACGAAAAAGAGGACAAAGAGAAUGUAAAUACGUUUAUUUUCUACUAUUAG